CCAUACCCCACGACGCCCCUGGGAAUACUGUGCCGUGCGGCUAUGUGAAGCAUCGUCUUUUGUUCUGUCACUUUAAGAGAGUUUGGGGAAAAAACGGCCAACUUCCGGUCGCUUGGAGCGAGCAGCAACAUUGUAACAUUGUAGCGGCAUCAAAAGGGGCUGCGAUCCAGGCGCGCGGAGUAGAUUCUGAACGGUAACUCUGCACGGCCAAUAUGGUGAAGAUCGCCUUCCAGCCUGUCGCUGGACAGAAACCCGAGAAAGAGCUCAUCGACGGGGACAAAACCGAGAUCCUGAUCCCGCAUCCCCCCGAGGAUGAUCUGGCUCCUCCCCUUCGUCCGAAGAAGAAUCCUUUAAAUGGACUAUGCUGUUUAACCUUUGGCCUCGUGGUGUUCAUGACCAGCCUUGUCCUGGCGUCCAUCUACAUCUACAGGUAUUACUUCAUACCUCAGCAGAUCCGCGAGGAGAACUUGUUCCACUGCCGUGUGCUCUAUGAAGACUCCAUCUACGCCCCAUUGCGUGCUCGCCAGGAGCUGGAGGAGAAUGUGGGCAUCUACCUGAAGGACAACUACGAGCAGAUCAGCGUCCCUGUGCCCCACUUUGGUGGGAGUGACCCCGCCGACAUCAUCCACGACUUUCACAAGGGUCUGACGGCCUACCAUGACAUCGCGCUUGACAAGUGCUAUGUCAUCGAGCUGAACAGCACCAUCGUCAUGCCACCACGGAAUCUCUGGGAACUCCUGGUCAACGUCAAGAAGGGGACCUAUCUUCCUCAGACUUACAUCAUCCAGGAGGAUAUGGUGGUAACUGGACGUGUUCAUAAUUUGCGUCAGCUGGGCGCCUUCAUCUACAGGCUGUGCAACGGCAAGGACACCUAUUGGCUAAAGCGCAGAAACCCCCGGAAACGGAUCGACAAACGCCGGGCCUCAAGCUGCCAUCAUAUCCGCCACCUGGAGAACACGUUCGUGGUGGAGACGGUGAUCUGCGAUGCCGUCUGAGAGGGCCGCUGUCUUCCCGUCGGCACGACCACUUCCCCAGCUGCUGUAGCGCCCUCCUGUGGAUUUACGUUCAGUUGCACUUUAAGCACAGCGUUCCCUUUGAAUUGAUUUAUCCACCUGUAUGUCACAUUUUCACGUUUUUUUAUUUUUACAUAUCAAGCAUUUUGAGAAUUGUUUCUAUUUGUCCUGUUCUGGGACAAAACGUCAUUUUUGUUGCGUAGUUUACCCCACCACGGUGAUUUAUUUUUAUUUAUUUUUUGUGUUGGUUGAAGGAUUUUGUUUCCACGUGUUUUGGUGAUAUAUUACAUUAAUGUAGCGAUAAAAUGUUUAAAUCUAAUAUUAAAUGUAACGUGACCCCCCCCCCCCCCCCCGGUAAAAAGCCAAUCAUUAGCAUUGCUGUUAUUGCUGUUUUUUACAGUUCUGUCCUUUUUGUAAACAGUGUGGCAUCAUUUUCGCUUGAUCCUCAUGCAGUGCCGCCCAAGUUUCCCCUCUCUUCGCAGCGCUUCCCGCCCCCCUCUGCUCCGGCCGGAAAGGUUAGCUUUGAACCUCUGAAUUCCCACAUUCUCGCAUCCUUUGGGCUUUUGGAAGCUGGCGUUGAUUGGCUGCUGAUAGUGUCCUUGGGCACCGGCGAUUCUUCCUCAAAAGUUGGGAAACUGAUAAACGCUAGAGGCUCUUGUUUACGUGGUAACCAGCAGAAUACAGACAUUCCCACUCUUAAGAGACGCUAGUAACUGGCCCCGUUGUGAAGGCAUGGUGAUACACGGUGCCUUUCUCGCCUCCCCAUGCCUGCACUCCCACCUCCUGCAUUCAGGCCCUCUCCGCUAACUUGCUCCUCCUCGACAAUCUGCUCGUGUGCUUUUUGCUAACUGCUCGAUCUGUCUCCCUGCAUGUUUCUCUGACUAUAUUGCGUAUCUCUUGAGACAAUGACAAAAAUGCCUUAGUUCAGAGUCAGAACUAAAGUCAGCGCAGUUGUAAACGUCUGUCUGUACUUUCAGCUGAUCUGUAUAUUUUAUCUGCUAUUAUAUUCCAUCUAUAAAUAAACUAACUAAAAUUCUG